GUUCAUCACGUAUUUUGCGAGGAGAAAAGUAGACCUGAAGGGGGCAAUCUAAUUCAAUUAAGAUCAUACAGUGAUCCUCAAUCUUUUAAUCGCCAAAUUCCUCAAUCCAUUACGAUAGGCCAUUUCAUCAAGAGACAUCCCGACUAUAUCUCACGGGCUAAGUUCAUUUCUCUCAGCUUGAACCCUAUCAGCCAUUCAUUUAACUUCAUUACUAAGAUGCUCUACGGAAUGAUAAGUGGCGGUUUACCUUUUGACCCACAUGUCGAUAUCUCAUCGCUGGCUGGCAAAAUUGUCUUUAUAACUGGUGGUAAUGCCGGAAUUGGCCUCGAAACUAUCUUAGAGUUAGCUUCUCACCAUCCCGCUCAUAUUUAUAUUGCCGCGCGCAAUGCUAGCUCGGCUGAAGCCGCGAUCGCAGUCAUCCAUACGGCAUUCCCCUCGGCCACAGUCACCUAUCUAUCCUGUGACCUUACAGACCUCGAUAGUGUCACCGCAUGCGCCAGAAGCUUUGUUGAGCGGGAGAACAGACUUGAUCUAUUGAUUUUAAACGCCGGUAUUAUGGCAACGCCAGCUGCUACUACGGUGCAAGGUUACGAGAUCCAAUUCGGCACCAAUCACGUCGGGCACUUUUUACUGACAAAGCUCCUUCGACCCACCCUUUGCGAGACGGCAAAGCUCCCGGGCACCGAUGUAAGAGUUGUGAGCGUAGCAUCGAUUGCCCACCUAUUCGCACCAUGGGCCGGUAUCGUAUUCGCUGAGCUCAAGACUGACAUGAAGCGGUGGUUAACGGCGCAGCGCUAUGGGCAGAGUAAACUUGCAAAUAUUCUGUUCAUCAAGGAACUGGCACGACAAUUUGAUGAAGACAAAACCGGCGUGCUAGCCGUAGCUGUUCACCCUGGUGUGGUGGAUACAGGACUCUACGCCAGCGUAGACAAGUGGCCAGUGUUGGGCUUCUUGUUAAAAUUGAUCAAGAGGGCAGGGGGCAUGUUCCUGACCUCACGCCAGGGCGCCAUGACUCAACUUUGGGCCCUAACGGCGGCCCGCGCGGAACUUGGUGUAGAUGCAAAUCACAGUGCCGGGAAGGUAGUGAGUGGGGAUUAUUAUACUCCUGUUGGCAUGGCUGGACAGGGAAACAAGACGACGAAAGACGCAGGGCUGGCCAAAAGGCUGUGGGAAUGGACAGAUGAAGAGGUUAAACAGUAUGUACUAUAG